GGAGAGACAAGUACACAUUAGUUUAACCUCAAAACUCAAAACUCAAAACCCUCACAAGUCCUCUUUCUCUUCUUUGCGCCUCUCAUUCUUGGAUUCACUUUCUGGGGUUUCACCUAAUUUUCCAUUCUUGAAAAGGUUAUAAUGGCUGGUGUUCCUUCUAACCUUGAAAGAGAACAGAUAUUCUCUAUGGCAGAGAAAGAGAUGGAGUAUAGAGUGGAGAUGUUUAACAAGCUUACGCAUACAUGCUUCAAAAAAUGCGUCGAGAACAAGUACAAGGACUCGGAGUUGAACAUGGGUGAAAAUAGUUGUAUUGACCGAUGCGUUUCAAAGUACUGGCAGGUGACUAACCUUGUGGGGACGCUUCUUGGGAACACUCGACCCAUGUAACAUUUUCCCAUUGUCUACUUCGUGGUGUUCGAAUAAUCUAUCAGGGAGAACAUUAAAGAAGAGAUUGAUAAUCCUUCUCGUUCUAGUUCCAUAUUUGUUGUUCUCGAUACAUAGUAUACAUGUCUUUGACAACUGUUUGUGAUGGUAUUAUCAAAUUUGAUGGAGGACUUGAUGUUAAGAGUUGUGAGCAUGUCUCUAUAAUAAGCUAUGUACCCAAAUCAAAUCAUAUUUGGUCUCUGUGCAAGUUAAAUCCACAACAAAGUUCAUACUUA